AUGGCAACCCUCACGGUCCGCAACCUCACCAUCCACCCCCUCGAGCUCGUCAAGGUCGAGCGCUUCGAGGGCGAGCGCGUCUCCUCCGGCGGCGGCCUGCUCAGCAACGUCACCGGCGCAGUCACCAACUUCCUCAAUGCCACCGAGCACCAAUCGCACGAGACACGCGCCAAGGGCGGCGCCAUCGACUCGCGCGACCUCUCCGUCCGCGUCGAGCCCUUCACGGCCAACUCGGGCACCGAUGUCCGCAGCCCCGACGAGUCGGCUCGCGAGGUGAUACGCCUCACCUUCCAGACCGAGGGCCACCGCUACGAGGCCGACGUCCCCACGCCCUCGAGCCGCUCCGCCGUCAUGAAGAAGCUCGACGACGGGCCGCAUGACCUGACGGCCGUCUACGUCUCCAACGGCGCCCUCCUCGCCAUCUUCUCCUCGGCCCGCCUCGAGGCCUGGAUGAGCGAGCUUCACAACGACUGGCCCCUCACCCUGCUCUCCAUUCCCGGCACCCACAACUCGCCCACCUGCUACAAGGCCUUGCCCUCGGUGCGCUGCCAGGCCGUGGGCGUCCCCGAGCAGCUGCGCAACGGCGUGCGCUUCCUCGACAUCCGCGUCUCGGCCAACCCGGACGACGACGCCCUCGCCCUCGUCCACAGCGCCUUCCCCAUCUCCCUCACCGGCAACAAGUACUUUGGCGACAUGCUCACCGACAUCUACCGCUUCCUCGACGAGAACCCGAGCGAGACCAUCAUCAUGAGCCUCAAGCGCGAGGGCACCGGCAAGGGCACCGACGGGCAGCUGGGCAAGUACCUCAAGCACAGCUACGUCGACAAGACGCGCGAAAAGUGGUGGACCGAGCCCAAGAUCCCCACCCUCGGCCAGGCCCGCGGCAAGAUCGUCAUCGUCCGCCGCUUCGCCCUCGACGACGACAUGCGCCAGGCCUGCUGGGACGGCCGCGGCUGGGGCAUCGACGCCCAGCAGUGGCCCGACAACUGCGAGGACGGCACCGGCGGCAACGGCAACUUCCGCAUCCAGGACUUUUACGAGAUCACCGAGAGCCAGAACAUCGAGAAGAAGAUCUCGUACAGCCGCGGCCAGCUCGAGCGCGCCGCCGAGCAGGUCUUUGCCCUCGCCGGCAUGGAGGGCCACCAGCCCGACGCCCCGACGCCCCCCUUCUUCAUCAACUUCCUCAGCGCCAGCAACUUCUUCAACGCCACCUGCUGGCCCGAGCGCAUCGCCGCAAAGGUCAACCCCGCCGUCGUCGAGUACCUCUGCAUCAACCACGGCGAGCACGAAAAGGGCCCCAACAAGCUCAAGGUCGGCGACGCCGGCACCGGCAUCGUCAUCACCGACUGGGUCGGCGCCAACGACAACUGGGACUUGAUUCGCUGCAUUGUCGGCAUGAACGCCCGGCUGCAGCUCAAGAAGUAG